UAAUUGUUUCCAUCUCUCUCCCGACAGAAAGCAAAAACCCUCGCAGGGAUAGCAGCGGCGGCUACGAGAAGCCGUGGCAAAUCCAUCCAAAGAAACCCAAAAAGUCCAAGAGUGACCUCGCUGUGUCCAGCAUCUCCCCCCCCUCCCCCGAGUCCAAGUCCUUGCCGCGGUCCAUUGAGUGUCCGUCCUGGGACUGGAGGGAGAGCCGGGACUUUGACGAGCUGAACCACAUCCUGCAGGAGAGCAAGAAGCUGGGCAAAGCUCUGGAGAGUCUGUCCCGCAGCAUCGCCAUUUCUGACGAGCUGGACCAGAACGUGGGGGGCUAUAACUCGGGGGUGCGGCCCCGGGUGGUGGGGCAGUGGGUUGGGCGAGAGGAGGAGGACGCAGACCCUCUGGCCUCCGAGAUGCUGAAGCCCCCCCUCCCUCGAGAGAAGACUGAAGCGUGCUGGAGCAGAGAGAGCAGCCCUAAAGCGAGUGUGAAGAUGAAGAGUAAAGGUCUGAAGGAGCAGCAGCAGCAUCACAAGAAGCUGCUGGCGGCCAUGUUGUCCCAGGACUCCUUCGACUCGCUGCCUCCCCCCCCCGGAGCCGAGGAGGACAUAGAGGACGAGGACGAGGCCAUGGAGCUGCUGGGUAAUUAUCUACAGAACACACACACACACUCACACACACAUACCAUGUAUACAUCACUUCAGGGGACAUUACAUUGACUU